AUGUCAGAUUUUCAAUUGUGUUAUAGCGAUGAAUCUAAUAAAAUGAUGAAAAUGGACGAAGGUGAUAAUGGUAGUAGUAGUAUUAUUAAAACUAGUUCGCCAUUAUUCAGUAUAUCCGAAUGUCUUCUAAGAAUAUUCGAGUAUUUGAAGGAAGAUCCAAAUUCAUUAUUUUCAAUAUUGUUAGUUAAUAGAACUUGGUGUAGAGUGGCGGUACCGAUUUUAUGGAGCAGGCCAUUUGAAUUAUUAAAAAAUCGAAAAAACAAUUAUCAUAUAAUGACUACUUAUUUUCAAUGUUUAGAAGAUGAUCAAAAAUUUCCAUUGCAAUUACUUAAAGAAUCAUCACCUUCUUUUGAUUAUCCGAUAUUCUUGAGACAUUUAUGUUGUAAUACAAUGAUGAUUGUUAUUGAAUUAUGGUUUGAUAACUUUUUAUCAAAUGGAAUUAAAAGUGACGAAGAAGAGACGUGUUUAAGACUGUUAGUAAGACAAUUUUUAAAAUUAAUUAUGAGUAAAACACCAUCAUUGGAAACUUUAAUACUAUGGAAGAAUUCGUUGAAUGGCUAUAAUAUAAUACUCGCAGAAUCGUUAACUAAUUGUAACCCAAACACAUUAACUUGUUUAAAUGGACUGAGUGUUUUGAAAUUAGAUGGAAAUUACAACGAUUUAGAUUUAUAUUUAUUGACAAAGAAAUGUUCAAAAUUAAAAAAAAUAAUAAUAAACUGUGAAAUUAAUUCGAAUGGAUUAAAUUUAUUAAAUAAUUUGAUUAGAGUCCAAAAUUGUUUGAAGGUAUUUAAAUUAGGAUUUAAACCGGAAAAUAAUUUAUUUACAAAUAAAGUUAAACUUGGAUUGUUGGAUUCUUUAUCAUUGCAUCAAAAUACUUUAGGUGUAAUAGAAUUUAACAGAUGUAAUUUCAUUGACUGUGUGACAGUGGAACCAUUGAAACAUAUUAAAAAUCUAAAGGAACUAAUAUUUUGGAAAUGUAUCAAUUUAACACCAGAAAAGAUGUUUCCGUUGAGAGAUUUGAAUUUCAAUGAAUUAGAAAAAUUGGAAAUUUAUGUUCAUCCGGGAAUUUCGUCAGACUUGAUAAUUAAAAUAAUUAAAAGUUCAAACAACAAAUUAAAAAAUUUAAGAUUAGCUGGUAUAACACCACAAAAUGACCUGUCAAAAGUGUUGAAAGUUAUGGGAUUGCAUUCAAAAAAUUUGACGGACUGUAGACUAGUAUUGAAGGAUGGUGACAUUGAAUCCUUUAAUAAUCUGUUAUCAUUUCUGGACACAUCGUAUAAUUUAGAAAUAUUGUAUAUAACAUUUACUGAUAGACAAUUACCAAUAUGCAAUUACGAAGAAUUGACUAAUCAUUUACCACUUAAUCUAAAAGAAUUGCAAGAAGAAUUUUUUGCAACCACAUAUUGA